AUUAAAUUUCUUCCAUUUGCCCUAGAUCCACCUUCCUGGUCACUUUGUGUUGACUAUUACCAAUUUUUUGUUUCUCUUCUUUCCCCUGUAUUCCCUUACUUUCUUUUUUUCUUCUCUUUUCUUUCUCUCUCUCUCUCUCUCUUUCUAAAAGAAAUGGGAAAAGGGCAUUUAGUUCCAUGGCAAGUACCCAAAAGAGUCUGACUCAGACUGAUUUUUUUUCCCUCAGAUUUUUAUGUUCUCCACUCGUCCAGGGAAGGGCCUCCACUUUAUGCCCUUUGACAAAACAGGAACCUUUGAGAACAGAAAACCAGACUGAAGAUCGAGAACUGUGAUCCUAAGGUGGAGAUGGAGGGAAGGGCCACACAGCAGGCCCCCCUUUCUAUUGUGCUGAGGCUGCUGUUGCUGCUGCUGCUGGAAACUUGGACAGAAACCCAGGCUUGGCCUGCCUCUCUUCAGUAUGAUCUCACCGUCUUGUCCCAGGCCGAAGAACCCAGACAACCUCUCUAUGUGGCCCUUGGAUACAUAAAUGAUCAACUCUUCCUUCACUAUGAUGGGGAGAAUGAGAAUAGCAGGGCAGAGCGACAAAAACCAUGGAAUGAUACUGAGGAGGGGAGAAAGGUCUGGGAAAGGGUGACCCAGGGCCUUGAGGAGAAGGGGAAGGAGCUGAGAAUGAUCCUUCAAGACAUUCUGGGACAGAACAACCAGAGUGACAGCAGAGAUGGCUCUCACACCCUUCAGGCUACAUUGGGGUGUGAGCUCCAGGGAAAUGAUAGCACCAGAGGGUUCUGGAGGUUCCGCUUUGAUGGACAAGACUUCAUCACCUUCUCCCCGGAGAAACUCAGCUGGAUUUCAGUUCAUCCAGGGGCUCAGAAAAUUAAGGAGAAAUGGGAGGACUGGUUUCAAAUGAAACUCCAGGAGGAGGAAUACUGUUCUAUUCGACUCCAGAGAUACCUGGCAACCUGGAAGGGGAUCUUGGAGAGGACAGAUCUACCAACUGAUGUGCCUCCUAGACCCAACACCUUGUCCGACUGGCAUCCACCGGUUGAAUUGCUAAUUAUCAGCAUAGGACUCAUCUUUGUUGUCCUCAUUAUUGUGGGAGCUCAAGUGUGGAGGUGGAUACGGGCAGAACCAGAGAUUAGGCCUUCCAGAAACAGUGAAUGGAAAUCUGCCCACCCUCUUUUCCCAGGCUUUGGUCGCAUCAGAGAAACUCAGAGUAUGGUAUAGACAGGAAAAGAUGGUUGGACUUGGAAUCAGGAGAUGAGGGUUCAUAUCCAAGCUUCAACACUGACCAGCAGUGUAUCUGUGGAAAAUUCACUUUAUCCCUGGGAGCCUCAGUUUCCUCAUGUGAAUAAACAGAGGAGGAUUACC